GUUCUGGUCCUGGUUCUGGUGUGGGAGGGAAACGGGCCGCUGCGCUCCUCCUCUCCUUUGUGCGAUUAACUAGUUAAUUCUGAAGAGAGACAAUCUGAUGUAAGUGUGGGCAUGGCCGCUGCAGAACUCUCCAGCCCCCCCCAAUAAUUUCAUAGUGCGGCGGCGGGGGCCUUUAAGAAUAUUUAGGAAGCCAUAUUUGUGAAAUUAGAGCUGCUCUGCAGUGCGGGCCGGCGGCUCCCGCGAAAUUGUGGCACAAAAAGCAGUGAGGGGGCAGGAAAAGGGCGCUGAGAUAGAGGAGCGCGAGGGCGACUCGGUGGCAGCGCGCGGGCAGCGGCGAACGCGCAACAAUGUAACCGAUGCGGGGCUCGACGGCGCGCGCCCCGUAACAAUGUAACAAUGUGACUGUUUUCGAGCGGGGAGGGCAGAGCGCGCAGGAGGAGGAGGAGGAGGAGGAGGAGGGGGGGGGGGCGUUCUGAAAUAAUAUAGUCAGCCAUUUUUUAUGUAAGGGGAUUUUUUCUUAUUGGGGGGGGUUGUUAAAAAAUAAAUAUAAGGGCGGCCAUCUUUGUUUCUCUGCCUUGUAGUGUAAAAUAUUCCAAAACGCCCCCCACUUUCUGAGUGCCGAUUUGAAUAUUAAAUAAAUUUCAUAAUUCGAGGCAGAUACAUUUGUGGUGGUGGUGCACGGGCUCGCGGACAGGAGCGUCAUGUCGUCUCCUCUGGGCGCGUGCGAGGAAGACGAGGGCAUGCUGCUCAACUCCGAGGGAGGAGAUUUCGAUGAAGAAGAGGAGGACGCGGAGCUCGACGAGAACGCAAGCGACAUUAACUCGCCGGCGGCGCCUCGAGAAACUGCAGCGCGAGCCGCGCCAGAUGAGUGCAAUGAAGGAGGAGAGGCGUCCGACAGGGACGGAACGGCCAAAAAGAAACGGGGCCCCAAAAAGAAGAAGGAGACGAAGAAGAAGGACAAGGAGCGCGAUGGGAAGUCCAUCAAAGCGCGGAAACACAAGAAGCUGGACAGCGACGUAGACAGGGACUCGGACAGGGAGUAUGGCGAGAACUCGGACAGCGGCGCCAGCGAUUUCACCGCUGGCGGUAAGAAGAAAAGGAAGAAACACAAGGAGAAGAAGGAGAAGAAGACCAAGCGUAGGAAGAAGGAGGAUGAGGACAGCACCCACGAAGAGACGCCCAAGCCAAUGGAGCAGAAGACAUCGGGGCAGCUGGCGCGAGACUGGGGUCUCGAGGACGUGGAUCACACCUUCACCGAGGAAGACUACCGCACCCUCACCAACUACAAAGCCUUCAGCCAGUUCAUGAGGCCCAUGAUUGCCAAGAAGAACCCCAAGAUCCCCAUGUCCAAAAUGAUGACUAUCCUUGGUGCCAAGUGGCGAGAGUUCAGCUCCAAUAACCCGUUCAAGGGUUCCUCUGCGGCUGUGGCAGCUGCCGCCGCUGCUGCCGCUGCCGCCGUCGCUGAGCAGGUCUCCGCGGCCACCGUGUCCCCCGAGCCUUUGCCCCAGCCUCCCCCUCUUCGUAAAGCCAAGACCAAAGAGGGCAAAGGCCCGGGCUACAAGAAGCGCAGCAAGAGCCCUCGUGUUCCUGACAAGAAGAAGGCCAAGGGCAAGAAGAUGGCACCUCUUCGCAUCAAGCUGGGAAUGCUGGGUAACAAGAGGAAGAAGAGCAGCUCGAGCGAGGAUGUGGACGAGGACGACUCCGAGCAGGAGGACUCGAGCGUCCACAGCUCCUCGGUUCGCUCCGACAGCUCCGGUCGGGUCAAGAAGAACAAGCGAGGUCGCCCAGCGAAGAAGAAGAAGAAAAUGAUGGGGGAUGAAGAGGGCGACGGCUAUGAGACGGACCACCAGGACUACUGCGAAGUGUGCCAGCAGGGUGGUGAGAUCAUCCUGUGCGACACUUGCCCCCGCGCAUACCACCUGGUGUGUUUGGAGCCUGAGCUGGAGAGGGCACCUGAGGGCAAGUGGAGCUGCCCCCACUGUGAGAAGGAAGGAAUCCAGUGGGAGGCCAAGGAGGAGGACUUCGAGGACUUCGAGGAGGAGUGUGAGGACGGGGGCGUGGUCGAGCGGGGCGGCGGGGGAACGGGGGGAGAGGAUGAAGACGACGACCACAUGGAGUUCUGCCGAGUCUGCAAGGACGGCGGGGAGCUGCUGUGCUGCGACUCGUGCCCUUCGUCCUACCACAUCCACUGCCUGAACCCGCCCCUGCCGGAGAUACCCAAUGGCGAGUGGCUGUGUCCCCGGUGCACGUGUCCGCCCAUCAAAGGGAGGGUGCAGAAGAUCCUCCACUGGCGUUGGGGCGAGCCCCCGCCACCAGUGCCGGUGCCCCCUGCCCCAGACGCCGACCCCCAGCAGCCCCCGCCGCCCCCCAUGAAAGGCCGCCCGGAGAGGGAGUACUUCGUGAAGCUGACGGGGCAGUCGUACUGGCACUGCACCUGGGUCACGGAGCUGCAGCUGGAGAUCUUCCACUCGGUCAUGUUCCGGAAUUACCAGCGCAAGAUGGACAUGGACGAACCGCCUCCCCUGGACUACGGCUCAGGUGGGGAGGACGACGGAGGGAAGAGCGAGAAGAGGCGCGCCAAGGACCCGCAGUAUGCGGCGCUCGAGGAGAAGUUCUACCGCUAUGGCAUCAAGCCGGAGUGGAUGAUGGUCCACCGCAUCAUCAACCACAGUGUGGACAAGAAGGGGAAUUACCACUACCUGGUCAAGUGGAGGGAUCUCACCUAUGACCAGUGCACCUGGGAGAGAGACGACCUGGACAUCCCCGAAUUCAACUCCCAAAAGACCAACUACUGGAGACACAGAGACGAAGUGAUGAAGGAAGACCCCGAGAAGCCCAGGAAGAUGAGGAGUGUGAGGAAGGAGGAGAACGACGAGCCGCCUGGCUCUCCCGUCAACGACCCCACGGUGAAGUACGAGGAGCAGCCGGACUUCGUCACGGUCACGGGCGGCACGCUGCACCCCUACCAGCUGGAAGGGCUCAACUGGCUGCGCUUCUCUUGGGCGCAAGGGACCGACACCAUCCUGGCCGACGAGAUGGGCCUGGGCAAGACCAUCCAGACCAUCGUCUUCCUCUACUCGCUCUUCAAGGAGGGCCACACCAAGGGGCCAUUCCUCGUGAGCGCCCCCCUCUCCACCAUCAUCAACUGGGAGCGAGAGUUCGAGAUGUGGGCACCCGACUUCUACGUGGUCACCUACACGGGCGACAAGGAAAGCAGGGCCAUCAUCCGCGAGAACGAGCUCUCCUUCGACGACUCCGCCGUCAAGGGCGGGAAGAAGGCGUUCAAGCUGCGGAGAGAGGCUGCCAUUAAGUUCCACGUGCUGCUGACCUCCUAUGAGCUGGUGACCAUCGAUCAGACGGCCCUCAAGUCCAUUGACUGGGCCUGCCUGGUGGUUGACGAAGCCCAUCGCCUGAAGAACAACCAGUCCAAGUUCUUUAGGAGACUCAACGACUACAAGAUCGACCAUAAGCUGCUCCUGACCGGCACGCCGCUGCAGAACAACUUGGAGGAGCUCUUCCAUCUGCUCAACUUCCUCACGCCCAACCGAUUCAACAACCUGGAGGGUUUCCUUGAGGAGUUUGCCGACAUCUCCAAGGAGGACCAGAUCAAGAAGCUGCAUGACUUGCUGGGGCCGCACAUGUUGCGCCGGCUGAAGGCCGACGUCUUCAAGAACAUGCCGGCAAAGACGGAGCUCAUCGUUCGCGUCGAGCUGAGUCCCAUGCAGAAGAAAUACUACAAGUACAUCUUGACGCGGAACUUCGAGGCGUUGAACUCCAAGGGUGGGGGCAACCAGGUGUCACUGCUCAACAUCAUGAUGGACCUCAAGAAGUGCUGCAACCACCCCUACCUGUUUCCUGUGGCAGCUGUGGAGGCCCCAAAGACGGCCAGCGGGGCCUAUGAGGGCACUGCGCUCGCCAAGGCCUCUGGGAAACUGCUGUUGCUGCAGAAGAUGUUGAGGAAGCUGAAGGAGCAGGGUCACCGCGUGCUCAUCUUCUCCCAGAUGACCAAGAUGCUGGACCUGCUGGAGGACUUCCUGGAUUUUGAGGGCUACAAGUACGAGCGCAUAGACGGUGGCAUCACAGGCGCCUUGCGCCAGGAAGCUAUCGACAGGUUCAACGCUCCUGGUGCGUGCCAGUUCUGUUUCCUGCUGUCCACGCGGGCUGGAGGGCUGGGCAUCAACCUGGCCACCGCCGAUACCGUCAUCAUAUUCGACUCCGACUGGAAUCCCCACAACGACAUCCAGGCCUUCAGUCGAGCGCACCGCAUUGGCCAGGCCAACAAGGUGAUGAUCUAUCGCUUUGUGACUCGCGCCUCGGUGGAGGAGCGCAUCACGCAGGUGGCCAAGCGCAAGAUGAUGCUCACCCAUCUGGUGGUGCGGCCCGGCCUGGGCUCCAAGGCCGGUUCCAUGACCAAACAGGAGCUGGACGACAUCCUCAAGUUCGGCACAGAGGAGCUCUUCAAGGAUGAGAUCGAAGCGGGGGACAACAAGGACGAGGACAGCAGCGUGAUCCACUACGACAGCACGGCCAUCGAGCGCCUGCUCGACCGCAGCCAGGACGCCACCGACGACUCGGACAUGCAGAACAUGAACGAGUACCUGAGCUCCUUCAAGGUGGCCCAGUACAUGGUGCGCGAGGAGGACAAGAUCGAGGAGAUUGAGCGGGAGAUCAUCAAGCAGGAGGAGAACGUGGACCCAGACUACUGGGAGAAGUUACUGAGGCACCAUUACGAGCAGCAGCAGGAGGACCUGGCCCGAAACUUGGGCAAGGGCAAGAGGGUCCGCAAACUGGUCAACUACAAUGACGCCGCGCAGGAGGACCAAGAGUGGCAUGCUGAUAUUUCAGAUAACCAGUCCGAGUAUUCGGUGGGCUCCGAGGAGGAGGACGAGGACUUCGACGAGAGACCGGAAGGCCGCCGGCAGUCACGGCGUCAGCUGAGGAACGAGAAGGACAAACCGCUGCCCCCCCUGCUGGCCAGAGUGGGGGGUAACAUCGAGGUGCUGGGCUUCAACACGCGCCAGCGCAAGGCCUUCCUCAACGCCGUCAUGCGGUGGGGCAUGCCGGCCCAGGACGCCUUCUCCUGCCAGUGGCUCGUGAGGGACCUGCGCGGCAAGAGCGAGAAGGAGUUCCGCGCCUACGUGUCUCUCUUCAUGCGACACCUGUGUGAGCCCGUGGCUGAUGGCUCGGAGACGUUCGCGGACGGCGUACCGCGGGAAGGCCUGUGCCGGCAGCCAGUGCUCACCCGCAUCGGUGUCAUGUCUCUGGUCAAGAAGAAGGUGCAGGAGUUUGAGCACAUCAACGGGAAGUGGAGCAUGCCAGAGCUGAAGCCCGAGAUCUCCACGGAUUCCAAGAAGUCAUCCCGUGCCUCAUCGCCUGCCAUCAAAACGGCCACGCCCACCCCUGAGCCGAGCUGCAACAACACGCCGUGCACCUCCAAGCCAGCCACGCCUUCCCCUCCAGACAAGCCAGAGAAGAACGGGAAGGACGGGGAGAAGGAGGACGGAGAGGCCCAGGCAGAGGGUGAAAAGGACAAGGAGAAGGACAAGGAGAAGGACAAGGAGAAGGACAAAGAGAAGGACAAAGAGAAGGACAGAGGGAAGGACAGAGGGAAGGACAGAGGGAAGGAGAGCGGCGAGAGCACAGACAGUGCGGAGCCUCCAGUCCCCGCUAGGGACGCAACGCAAGAGUCCCCACCCAGUGAAAAGCCAGUCGUGGAAGAGGGCGUCGCGGGAGGGGAGGAGUCCAAAGAUACAGUCCGUAAGCCGCCCGGCACGGCCGAGGACAAAAGGGCGGAGCAAGAGGGGGCGGAGCCAGAAACCUCCAUCGAGCCAAGACCGUCCAUCCCAACCUCAGAGUCCCCGCCGGUGAAAAACGAGAAACAAGCGGAAGCUGAGAAGACUGAGGAGGAGAAGACAGAGGACACCUCGGUGCUGUCCGAAACGGCGGACGGCAAGGACAGACCUUCGGAGGUCAAGAAAGGUGACCUGCUGCUCGUCCUCGCGUUGCCUGUGCUCGAAGAUGCCAAGGGGGACAAGGAGGCUACCAAGGACAGCAAGAUGAUGAAGGAGGAUGUUGCCAAGGGCAACGGGAAGAGCGAGCGGCCUCGCUUCAUGUUCAACAUCGCAGACGGGGGCUUCACGGAGCUUCACACGCUCUGGCAGAACGAGGAGCGGGCGGCCAUCUCCUCAGGGAAGAUGAACGAGAUCUGGCACCGGCGGCAUGAUUUCUGGCUCCUGGCAGGCAUUGUGGUCCACGGGUACGCCAGAUGGCAGGACAUCCAGAACGACCCGCAGUUUGCCAUCGUCAACGAGCCCUUCAAAAGUCAGGCCAACAAGGGCAACUUCCUGGAGAUGAAGAACAAGUUCCUGGCACGACGCUUCAAGCUGCUGGAACAGGCCCUGGUGAUCGAGGAGCAGCUGCGCAGGGCGGCCUACCUGAACAUGACGCAGGACCCGACGCACCCGGCCAUGGCGCUCAACGCCCGCUUCGCCGAGGUCGAGUGCCUGGCCGAGUCGCACCAGCACCUGAGCAAGGAGUCGCUGGCAGGGAACAAACCGGCCAACGCCGUGCUGCACAAGGUGCUAAACCAGCUGGAGGAGCUGCUGAGUGACAUGAAGGCGGACGUGACGCGACUCCCGGCCACCCUGUCCCGAGUGCCACCCAUCGCUGCCCGACUGCAGAUGUCUGAGAGGAGCAUCCUCAGCAGGCUGGCCAACAAGGGCACUGAGACGCUGACACCUCCGCCCAUCCCCCCGGGACCGUAUGCCACGCCGCAGAACUUCGGUGCCCCCUUCACCCCUGCGCCCUCGGGAGCCAUGGCCCUCGGAGGGGCCAAUUACAGCCAGAUGCCCCCCGGGUCCUUCAUAUCAGUGCUGAACGGGCCGCCCAUGUCGGUGAAGAAGGAGCGCGAGGCAGAGCUACUGCUGGGCAGGAGGGAGCAGCGCAGCGGGGAGGUGAUCUGCAUCGACGACUGAAGCGGGUUCCUGUAGCAACCCUCGCACGUGUGCACACAGACACACACACACACACACACACACACACACACACACACACACACACAGAGCGGGGAGGUGAUGCGUAUCAACGACUGAACUGGGCUCCUUCGUUAACUUCCAUAUUCACCCACACACAGUCAUACUCGCUCGUUACAGACCCGCAUGCAUACACACACUCGCACACAGCGAGUGCGUCAGUCGCAGAUGUACACAACCACACACACCCACGUGGUCCCACCAUGCUCAUAGAUUGUGUAAGUGCAAGAGGGAAGUGCGACUGCUUUCCAGGCACAUUUCACCACGACGGGGGUUGGGCUCUCACUCGUGUGACUCGCUGAAGUCCCUGUUGCACAAACACUCGAACACACACGUAGCUCUGAGUUUCCUUUGUGCGUGCGUGUGUGUGUGCGUGAGUGCGUGCGUGCGUGCGUGCGUGCGUGCACGCGCGCCGGGAGUCCUUGUCGAAAAUACAUAAAUGAAGAGCAGAUGAUGUGUCAGUGGAGUCUUGCGCUAUACAGUAUAAGAGACCGCUCUGGUCUUUGGCAGUUGUAAUAAUCAACGACAAAUACGUGAAAGAAAUAAAAUGAUCCAGAUUUUACAAAUAAAUGAUUCGACACAAAACAAGCGAUGAUCCGGAAGAGCCAGUGAUUUAAUUUUAUUUUUUGUCAAGUAGCUCAUGUGUGACAUAAAAAUGCAACACACCUGGAUGAGUUACACCGCUACAAAAAAUACACAAGACGCACAAAGAGGCAAUAAAUGUUACGCAGAAACACGGACAAACCUGCAUACACAUAUUGAACAGAUAGAGCCACACGCACAUAAGCAGCUCCCUGUAAACAUGCAGACGCUCCACAACGAGAACAGCAUCGAAGUGCAAGGGAUACCGCCACCGCGCACACACUCCUCCACACGAGCGCAGUCCUUGCUGUCGCGCUCUUCCUUUCCUCCUUGCACCCCUUCUCCUUCCGGCUCCCUCUCGCUUUGUCCACCUCCGCUUCGAAGGGGUCACAAGUUACGCGGAACCAGAGACUCUCCCCCCGGCUACACGACGAGAAGCUGCAUGAGAAUGUGUAUACAUUUGUGCUUCAUAUUAUUGUUGUCAUUCAUUUGGAAGCAUGCUCUCCACCGUAUGUUAUUUAAUUGACGUAAAUCUCGUGUAUGAAGCCACGGCUGCGGUUUCAGAGCUGACACGCUUUCGAGGUUUGUUGGUCCGCCAUCCCACCGGCGCACAGCGCGUCAGGAGUUCAGGUCCGAUGGUGAUGAUGGGACUCUUCCUCAGCCCCCGUCGGGUCCGGCCCUCCCCGACUUGGAGGGAGGCCGAGGUUUUCACCUCUCGAUCCGCGAGCCGAAAUCUGCACAAGAUCUCACGAGGCUGGAUCGAUGGUCUGCUUGCUCCAGUAAUCCGGUAGCAAAAGAAAAACGCCAACGCGAAAAACAACACAGUAUUUAUUGAACUAAGAGAGGGAGCAGAUUCUGUCAGUAAUGUACUCAGACGCUGGGUGUGUAAAGCACUGUUCUUGGGUGUUUUUGUGGCUGUGGCCACAACGUUCAUCCAUGGUUACGCUUCGGAGACCGGGCAAGGUGCUCUAAGAGGUUAUAGCCCACAGCGAACGGCUCACUUCAGGUUCUUAAGAAUGUUUCCCGUGUUCUUCUUAAGAUACAGAAUCCAGUAUUAGAGAAACCUGCCCCCUUCUUCCUUCCUCCCUCCCUCCCUGCUCCUGCCUACCCAUAAUCCUCUGCUCCACCCCUCCCACCGCUUUCUCAUGUUCCUCUUUGAUUUCAUCAGUUCAACAUACUUCUCCUUUUUAAGAAUUCUGUGAUAUUCUUUGCAUAUUUAAACUUGGUUCAAUGUGUUUUCUUGUGUUUUUAUUCUUGUUAUUACGACUAUGAUUAUUGUUGUUGAUGUUGUUGACGUUUUCCUUGUUGUUAUUGAAAAAGCUUCUACCAAAUGAAAACUGAAAUGAUAAUAAAAGAAACAGUACAUUUGGUGCACAACGUGUCUUUCUACAAGACAUCCCAGAGCGAAGCCAGAGAACGAAGAGGUUGUACUAACUUCGGAAACCAAUAAAAUACGGAACAGACUUCUCCCUUUUGCUUAUGUUCUACAUUUGGGGCUCGCCAAUAACGUGUAUACAGUAAAUUACCGGAACGCACUGAAAGAAGUGAAGAUGAUGAACCCUGUUAUACAAGUGUAGUCGACUGAACUCUCUCUCGAAACUCAUAGUGUGUGUACAAUUUUCAUUGCCAGUGUACAGAGAACAAUCAUUGUUGGAAAUUAUUUCAGUUUUAACCCAAUCUGUGUACCGUAGUUGUAAAAAUAUCUGUGGCUUCAAUAAAUGUUUAGUCCUACCGAGGCUAUUUCAGCAACAUCGGUUGAAUGGAGUUUGCGCAGUGCAAGAUGGAGGACUAAGCAAAAGAAUAAAUCAGAAAAGAUAAAAAUACUGCUUCAUCUUGCCUUUCGCCCACACAUGGUUUUCAGUGAAGUAUUCUAAACAUGAUAUUGACUGAAAACUUUUGUAGGGAGCAAUUCACAGCCCUUGAGAAAAAUGUUUUUAUUGAAU